AGCUUCAGUCGGUUUGUGUGCAUCGUCGGAAUAAGUCGCGUUGCGUUAUUGUUUGUUGAGCAGAAUAAAAAUAUAGAUUAAGAUUAAGAUGUGGCAUUCAAUGUCGUUGCUUGCCAGCAUCGUUGUAGUUGCUUGUGUUGUGGCCGGCGCAAUUAGUCCGGCGGCUGGUUGCCCUCGGGCGCCCACACAUUUGCCCCAUGGCCGACGUACACGCGGCGAUAAUGGAUACAAAUUAAUUGUGGCUGAUGGACCCAAUGGCUAUGUGCCCGGCAAGGCAUACAACUUAUUGCUGCUUGGUUCUCGCACGCAUACGAAAAUCCAGCACUUUACCCACUUCACCAUUGCUGCCGAGGCACACGUGGGCACCAGACGUCCUCAGGUUGCCAGUCCACGUCGUGUUGGUCGUUUCCAGCUGUUCAGCGAUUCGCUUACUAAAUUCAAUGAUCGCUGUGUGAACACCGUGUCCGAGGCAGAUAAUCUGCCCAAGACCGAGGUGCAGGUCAUGUGGGUGGCACCGGAAGCCGGAUCAGGAUGUGUCUCUCUCUCCGCCAUGGUAUACGAAGGACCACGCGCCUGGUUUUCAGACGACGGCGAGCUUACCCAGGUUAUAUGUGAGCACAAAGCAAGUGCUGCUGAUACACAGAAGGAAUGCUGUGCAUGUGAUGAGGCCAAGUAUAGCUUUGUUUUCGAAGGUAUCUGGUCGAAUGAGACACAUCCCAAGGAUUAUCCCUUUGCCAUAUGGCUGACACAUUUCUCGGAUGUGAUCGGGGCAUCGCAUGAGGCGAACUUCUCAUUUUGGGGUGAACAUCAUAUAGCCACCGAUGGUUUCCGCUCAUUGGCCGAAUGGGGAUCGCCGACAGCUUUGGAGACGGAACUGCGUGCUCAAGGUCCAAAGUUACGCACUCUCAUCAAAGCAGCCGGUUUGUGGUAUCCAAAUGUUAACCAGAACACAUCAUCGAAGUUCCGUGUGGAUCGCAAGCAUCCGAAAGUUUCUUUAGUUUCCAUGUUCGGACCGUCACCCGAUUGGGUGGUUGGAAUCAGUGGAGUUGACCUAUGCACCUCGGAUUGCAGCUGGAAGGAGUCCCUCGAUUUUGAUUUAUAUCCCUGGGAUGCGGGCACCGACGGCGGCAUUACCUAUAUGAGCCCGAAUUCUGAGACGCAGCCGAGAGAACGCAUGUAUAAGAUCACAACCAUGUACCCUGAGGAUCCACGAGCACCAUUUUACAAUCCACAGAGUCAGCAGAUGACACCGCUUGCCAAGUUAUACCUGCGUCGCGAGAAGAUUAUCUCCCGCAAUUGCGAUGAUGACUUUCUUCAAGCUCUCCAGCUGGAAGUCUCUGAUGAUGCAGAGGAGCAGGAUGUUCGCGCCGAAUGUCGCGUGAGCGAAUUCAACGCCUGGAGUCCCUGUUCCGUCAGUUGUGGCAAGGGAAUCCGCAUGCGUAGUCGUCAGUAUCUAAAUGCUGAGCAGGCACAGCAGGCCAAGUGCACACGCCAACUGGUGUCCAAGGAAAUGUGUGUGGCAGAUAUACCCGAGUGUCCCAAUGGUUCCGCUGGCCAAGACCGAGACGAAGAUGAGGGCGAAAAUCUAGCGAAUUCGCAAUCUCUUGUCAGCGACAAUGGCGAGGGAGCCGGAUUGUGUAAGACGACGCCGUGGAGUGUCUGGUCCGAGUGCUCUGCCACCUGUGGCAUAGGAAUCACAAUGCGUACGCGCACAUUUAUCAAUCCGAUGGGCCGUAAACGCUGUCCCCAUAUCACCAUUGUGGAGAAGAACAAGUGUAUGCGACCGGAUUGCACUUAUGAGCAGGUGGAGCUGCCAGAUCCCAGCUGUCCCACCACCCAAUGGAGUGACUGGAGUCCCUGUUCCGGCAUAUGUGGACGUGGUAGUGCCAUACGUAAGCGCCUGGUGCUGCUGGAGGAUGGACCGGAGAAGGAUGCCUGCACGAAACGCAUGGAACUGCAUCAGCAAAGGGAAUGCCAGCACGCACUGGACUGUAACAUCAAUAUGGAAAUGGCCAAGGACAUUUGUGUGCAGUUGCCAGAGGCGGGACCCUGUCGAGGUAGCUAUCAACGCUAUGCCUUCAAUGCCCAGUCCAAUCGUUGCGAGUCCUUCACCUACGGUGGUUGCCGUGGCAAUCGUAACAAUUUCCUCACCGAAGCAGAUUGCCUGCACACCUGCAGCAGAAUCAACUCGGAGUCCAAUCUGCCCAGGGACUGCGUCAUGUCCGAAUGGUCCAACUGGACGCCCUGCAGUGUCAGCUGUGGCGUCGGUCAAUCCGAAGGAUAUCGACAUGUCAUCAGCGAGCCACAAAACGGCGGCCAAUCCUGUCCCAAGCGUCAAGUGAAGACACGUCGCUGCACCAUGUCAGCCUGCUAAGAAAUCUGUUUAUUUCUAGCCUUCAUAUAUUCUUUUAUUUCCGAACUUCUAAAUAAACGUCAACAUAGCUUAAAAAAUGA